AUGUGUCCUCAGAGUUAUAACCGAUCUUAUACAUUGAGCGAAUUACUGCAGAAAUUUAAAUUUAUUAGAAAUCUUGAUUCUAACCCGGAAACCAAGAUAGUAUCGCUACUUGGAACUGUUGACUCAAGAGAUGCAAUAUUAACUGCAGAAAAGACCCAUUUUAUUCACAAUGAUACUAUUAGAAGGCAGUCUAUACAUCCUCCUCUUAUGAGUAUAAACAGUUACAAGAACCCGAAAAGAGAAUGUCGUUUUGUUAGGACUGGUGAAAAUGAAGUUGCACCAGUUUCUGAUGAUGAAUUAGGAUUAAGAGACCCAUGUGCGAGUGAAUUUUCUUUUGUGAAAGGUGUUAUUGAGUUAAACGAACUAACCUCUAAUGAUAACUUCCAUUGGGCCUUAGCUGUACUGAGGGAACACAUAGAUGAAAACCCGACUGCUAAGAUUAGUAUAAUAUGGCCUGCUACAGAUGUUCAUAUAAGAAGAUAUGAUCAGCAGAAGUUGCACAUUGUUAAGGAAACACCGGAGAUGUAUGAAAAUAUUGUUAAACCCUUUAUAGAUGAGAUGUCCACUUUCAAAAAAUUGGAAUGGGUUUACAAAAUCUUAUAUGAAAAUACAGAGGAAGGAAGGAUCAUAUACAAACAAUAUAAUGAACUCAAUAAAAAUGAUGGGUUUAUUUUAUUGCCGGAUACAAGAUGGGAUGGCGAGACAUUGGAAUCUUUGUAUUUAGUUGCACUAAUGUACAGAGAUGAUAUCAAGUCCAUUAGGGAUUUUCGACCACACCAUAAGGAUUGGUUGAUCAAAAUUAACAGUUUAUUAAAAUCUGUUAUCCCACCAUGUUACAACUAUGCCAUUCGAGCCGAUGAGUUACGUAUCUUUAUCCAUUAUCAACCUUCAUAUUAUCAUUUACAUAUUCAUGUUGUACAUAUCAAGCACCCAGGUCUUAGUGGUGGAUUACAUGACGGGAAGGCAAUACAAAUAGAUGAUGCCAUAGAAAACUUGGAUUUCUUAGGUCCUGAUGGAUGGAAAUCUACGUGUAUUACAUAUACCAUUGGAGAGAAUCAUCCAUUAUGGUCAAGGGGACUAAAAAAUGAGGUUCAAAAACAAUUGAAAGAAGCAAAUAUUAAAGAACUUCCCGAAAUAAUUAAUAGUAUCCAAGUGCCAAAUUGA